UUCUACAGCGGCAUCUUCUUCAUAAUCCUGUUGACCAUAGACAGGUAUCUGGCCAUAGUUCACGCAGUGUUUGCUUUAAAAGCUAGGACAGUGACCUACGGCAUCCUCACCAGCAUUGUCACGUGGGCUGUUGCUCUUUUUGCCUCUGUUCCUGGAAUAGUAUUUCACAAAACCCAAAAGGAAAAUUCACGGUAUACAUGCAGUGCUCAUUAUCCAUCAGACCAGAGAGAUGAAUGGAAGCAAUUCCUGGCCUUAAAGAUGAACAUCCUAGGACUUGUUAUUCCUAUGCUCAUUAUGAUUUGCAGCUACACACAAAUUAUAAAGACAUUGCUACAAUGUAGGAAUGAGAAGAAAAAUAAAGCAGUCAGGCUUAUUUUUAUCAUCAUGAUUGUAUACUUCUUUUUCUGGGCACCAUACAACAUUUGUAUUCUCUUGCGUGAUUUUCAAGAUUCAUUUUCUAUCACUAGUUGUGAAAUCAGUGGUCAACUGCACAAAGCAACCCAAGUGACUGAAACAAUUUCAAUGAUCCACUGCUGUAUCAAUCCUGUGAUUUAUGCCUUUGCUGGAGAAAAAUUUAGGAAGUAUCUUCAUAGCUUUUUCCGAAAGCAGAUUGCAUCCCACUUGUCUAAAUAUUGUCCAGUCUUCUAUGCCGAUACAGCUGAACGAGCUAGCUCUACCUACACACAGUCUACUGGAGAGCAAGAAGUUUCUGCUGCAUUGUAAGUUGUGCCUAGCAAAAAAGCGGAACUGACUUUUUUGAAGUCAAGUCUAUGACGAAAGCCUGGAGAAUCUCUUCUGGAUACUGUCUCUAAUGUAUCUGCAAAAGGUCAUGGCACACAUAACUAUCAAAGCUUUCAUUUGCUCAUAACAGUGGGGAAUUGUACAUAAAUGAAAUGGAUGUAUCAAAUUAGCUAUGUAGAUAUAGUAACACAGGAUUGUGUGGCAAAAAAAAAAAAGGAAAAAAAAGCUUUUUUUUUUGUGAAUGUAGAAGCAUAGUUAUGUGCUACAGAGACCAGAAACAUACCUAAGCUGAGAGUCUAACCUAGCAGACUUAUAAACUGAUCUUUUGAAGUGAACUAGAGAUUAGAAAAUGAUAUUGCUUCUUUGGAAACAUCUGUUCACCAUACUUUACACAAGAUAUUUCAUUCAUUUAAACUGUCUUGGUCCUAUUUUUAUUAGCCUGGUUGCAUAAAUUUUUGAGGACUGUGAUGAAGAAUCUUUACAAUCGGUAUGGGAAAAUUUUAUGCAUUUUGAAAAGAUUCCAAUAUUUCAAGGCAUACUUUCCUUUGUGUAUGGUUGACUACCAGCCUUUCAGAUCUUCCUCAUAAUAAUCUAACAAUAGUCUGAGCUACUAAGUGUUGCCAUCUAAGUUAAUUAGGAGUUUGAUAUUUCAGAGUGCUCUUUAAUAAACUGUGGUUUUAUAUACUACUUAUAUUAACAAUGAGUACAAUGCUCUAUCAUUGAUCAGAAAAUCAACAUGUUUACAAUAUUUUAAAAAUAAAGAAUAUAUACAGAGCUUUAACCAGGCUGGAUAAGGUGCAGAUAAUGACUCAAUAGAGUUGUUUUAGUUUCUUAGUGCAGUGAUUUUGUUUGUCAUUUUUUUAGUCUACGUAAAAUAACAGCUUUAAAAUGUGACAUUCAUGCAACGGUAAUGGCUGCAAGAACACCACAGCAUUAAAGGUGUGAAAAUGUUUCACCCAGAUCUUUUUAAAGAUAAGAACAUGCUAUAGACAUUUUUCAAAACAAACACACACACAAAAAAGUAAAAGGAUUCACUGAUCCACAGAGCCAAAAAAAUAUAGCAUCUCUCAUUUUUGAGGAAGGCAUCAUUUAGGGUCUAUGACUGUUUGGUUUUUUUUUCCUGCUUUGUGGGAGUUUUAUAUAAAGCAAAAGCUUCCAUAAUUCCUCCAUAUUUAGCAAGACUGAUGCUCAACUAUGACUGGGCUUUCCCUUAAAGUCAGAUCUGACAGAGCACCUGAACACAGAAAACGUGAAAUAAGGGGGUACUCAGGUGAUUAAGAUCAUACCUUUGUCAUGAUUCAAAUUGUUUUAGACCAAGUUUCCAUAGCAUUUCUAUAAUUUCUUACAUUUCCCCAAAUACAUUUGGUUUUGGACAACUCUGGAGAUGAGAAAUGAAAAUGAAUAUUUUAAUUGCUGUUCUUAUCCAGCAGGGUAAUGUCUGUUUCCUAAAUGCUCUGGAUAGCCUUUUUUUUUUUUUUUUUUAAAUAAAUUUUUCAAAUAAAUAAUUCAAAGAGUCCUAAAGAAAUUUUACAUUACCAAGUGCUCUUGAAGGCAGGAAGUGAAAUAGGGAAAUAUUUGCCUAUCAAGCCACUAGUUAUUGUGUUUUGUCACAUUAAGCACCACUUUUGGACUACUUCCACAUGGGAAGCAUAACAAAGCUAUACUACACUUUCAGAAGUUUUUUUUCAGCUGCACAUUCUUUUUUAAGACACUGUGCAGCAAUUACUACCAUCAGUAUAAGCAGAAAUUGGGUAAUUUCAACAUAAAAAGACAAACAUCUGCAUUUCUUUUCUAAAGAGGCAGGAAGCUACAUGCAGUAACAUAGCAAGGGUUGUUUGCGUGUGUGUGUGUUUUGUCUCUUCUAGAGUACUUUUAUAAAAUGCUUUCAUAUUUUAUUCUGCUCUUGGCAAGAAUUUUUAUUUGGAUCCUAAGAUACUUUGUCUUUAAGGAAUUACAUGUUAUAGAACGCUUGGGUGCCAAGUAGGGUAUUGAUUAGCUUUGCAGGAGCAAAGCGCAACAGUCAAACGUGCAAGAGCACACUGACAAGCUUUUCUGAGAGUAUGUAAAAAAAAGAGCCCCAGUCCUUUGCAGUGUUCUCUUCUACAGCAUGGAUCUUUCCGAGGGACAAGCAGUUUCCUCAGCACAGAGCUGAAAUGUAGAGAUUUGUGGCCUAACAGAUCAGCAGCUUAUCAAGAGCUUGUCACUUCUUAGACUCAUAGAACGGUUUGGGUUGGAAGGGACCUUUAAGAUCAUCUAGUUCCAACCCCCUGCUCUAGGCAGGGACACCUCCCUCUAGACCAGGCUGCUCAAAGCCCCAUCCAGCCUGGCCUUGAAUGCUUCCAGUAAGGGGGCAUCCACAACCUUCCCCACUGAGAAGGGACCGUACUUCAGCAAAUUACAAUAAGCCAGAUAUCAGUUACUGUAGUGAAAUUUGAUCCACAUUCAAGAAGAAAACAGAAAAUACAGUAUUUGGCAGCACUGGUGCAUCUAGUUAAAGACUUCCAAAGGACAGCCAUAUUUUGUACCAUGCAAUUCAAUAAAGGUGGUUAACUUUUGCACACAAGACUUCUCAAUCCUUUCACCCUCCUCCAUCUCCUUGUUUAGAAUAGCCUGUAAGAAUGAAAAAUGAAGAGAAAUCCCUCUUCAUAACAGGUUACUGUAAUGUCGAAAGAGCAGGCAGUCAAACUCAGGGGCUUACAAGCAAAGAACCAGCACCAUUUGGUAACACAGGGCCAUCGAACAACUUCAGUGCCCUGAAGUGAGGACUGCUUGUCCCUAAUUAUCUAUUAACAGACACACUAUUUUGGUUGAUAUUACAUUUGGUUGGUGCAUUAUUAGAGAUGGGAAGAGUGCUAUUUCACAGAUUGCCUCUUAACUCACUCAGAUCCUACCAAGUUAACUUUUUAGUAUGUUUAAUGUCUGCCUCUAGUGCCAGAGAAGCUGACCUCUGGCAACACCCUGAGCCUGCUCCUUUCUUAGGUUACGGUGCCAUCCCGUGGCCAAACGGUAACGCUUCCUGCUGCCGUCCUACAGUUCACUAGAAUUACUUUUUGUUGCUGCCCUUCCAAAACAUUUCUUUUCCAGAGAGGAUAUUCUAUCAAAAUGACCACUUCCAGUACGGGCAGUAUGGAAGCAACAGCAAGCGUUAGGAAACACUAAUGGCAACUAAAGAGUGGAGGCCAACUGAAAUCCAUGAAAGGGGAAGAGCAGAAGGAACGUGAGGACCCAUGUGAGGCGGCAGCUGCCGGCCACACCCAACCCCUACUCUCCACAGCGCCGCAAGCGCCCUCCCCGCCCUACGACGACGCCAACGCCUCCAACGG